AGGACAUUGGCUUUAAUUUGCUUCUCUCAACUUUCUUUCAUGGCUUCCAAAAUACAAGUUCUCAUCCUCCUCUUUUCGCCCUUCUUGCUUCUGUCUCACUUGAGCUCGUCCCAGGCUUGUCCAAUUGUCACCUACUGGGGACAGAACAGGGAUGAGGGAGAGUUGGAUGCAGCAUGCAACACCGGAAAGUACGACAUCAUAAACAUAGCAUUUAUGAACACCUUCGGCAAUGGACAAACUCCAAACAUAGACCUCUCGGGACAUUGUUCUGCGUCCUGGGGUGUUCCUUGCACUAAAUAUGCCUCCCAAAUAGCCACAUGCCAAAGCCUAGGCGUCAAAAUCUUCCUUUCUCUCGGAGGAGGCUGGGGACCCUAUAACCUUUCUUCAGCUGAAGAAGCCAAGCAGGUUGCAGACCACCUCUGGACCAACUACCUCAGUGGCCAAACUGGUUCAGCAAGUCUGCUUGGAGAUGUGGUCUUGGACGGCAUUGAUUUUGACAUCGAAAAUGGUACAGACUUGUACUGGGAUGUGCUUCUAAAAGAGCUCUCCGCAUACAGCCAACAAAAGAAGCUCUACUUAUCAGCAGCUCCACAAUGUCCUAUACCAGAUUACUACUUAAACACUGCCAUAAGCACUGGGCUGUUCGACUACAUUUGGGUCCAGUUCUACAACAACCGUCAGUGCGAAUACACCGAUGAUGGGGACACUCAGAAACUUAUAGAUUCAUGGAACCAAUGGACCACCGACUUCACCGCCACCAAGUUCUAUGUCGGCCUCCCGGCGUCUCCCGAAGCAAAUGGUAGUGCUGGUGGUUAUGUCCCAAUUGAUGUGCUCAACAACGAGAUUCUUCCGGUAGUAGAAACCAAUCCCAAGUUUGGCGGGGUGAUGUUAUGGAGCAGGUACUAUGAUAAUAAAACUAGGUACAGCGAUCAGAUCGCAUGUACUACCCCUGGAGCUUUUAAUGUUGCACGUGCGCCGUUGGUCGCCAUGAUGAAAUCUGCCUCGGAGGUUCUGUAUCGCCUUUUACCGCAGUUCUAGCGUGACUGCAACCUCUCUACUACAUGUCAUGUGUGGAAAAAGUUAUAGGGGGCUAGUGCCUUCCAUCUUUAAGUGAUAACAGCCUGAUUCUAGUCAAGCUGUCAUCAUUAAUAAAUAAAAGCUUUCAUUGAGUACAUGAUAAUAUUGUCUUAAGGUUUUAGUUUUUUCUUU